AUGGCUGCUGCCAAGUCCAUGUGCCGCUUGUGGCCGGGCGUCACCGUCGCCAGCGUCGCCGUCGUUCUGCUUGCGCUGUGUUUGCUGCAUAGCGUACCACCUGUCUCCGCUGUUGUGACUCGCUCCGUGACGCGGGGAAACGAGACCGUCACCCACCGCACCUUCGUUGUUGCCGCUCUCAGCGACAAAGGCUUUGACUACUUCAACAAGACGCUCGCACCCACGUUCGACGUGUAUCUGAACCGUGUGCUGAGCGAAAAGUACGACGGACUGGUGUCCGUCGUCACGUAUCCAACGCAGUUUAAAGAUCUCAUUGACGAUGGCCUUGACGACAAGUAUGACUUUGCUUUCACCAACCCGGCGCUGUUCACCUGCGUGGAGGCAGAGCUCGGGAUGUCCGCACUGCUUACACUGCGUCGCUUUGAUCUCGGCGAGGAGCUGAGCCAGUUUGGCGGCGUCAUCUUCACACGUGCAGACCGCGACGACAUCAACACCCUGCAUGAUGUGAUCAACAAGCAGGUCGCCGCUGUGUCUUUCAUCACGUUUGGUGGCUUCCAGUCGCAAUGGGGCAAGCUUCGCGCCGCAGGCGUGGACUUUCUCGUCGACACGGAACAGGUCAAGUUCACUGGAGAUGAGAACCUUGUCGUGGAGGAGGUCAUGGAAGGCCGAAGUGACAUUGGCUUCGUCACCACAGGCGUUCUCGAAGCCCAAGUGUUCAAUGGAACGCUGGACCUGAAGCAAGUGAAGAUCCUCGAGGCCGAGAACGUCAUCACAACGGAGGGGAACGUGUUUCCCUUUAUCACAUCAACGGAGGUGCUUUCCCCUGAAUGGGCGUUGGCUGCGCUCCCGACCGUUGACUGGCAGAUUCAAGUGGACGUGAUGGAUGCUCUGAUUGCACUCGAACCAACUUCUGAGUUUGCCAUUCAGGGCCGCUACGCUGCUUGGCAGGCACCACUCUCCUACACCGUCACCCGUGCCCUCCAGGUGUCCCUCGGGGUGAUGUUUGCGGAUGGUCUGGGCUCGUUCUCCUGUGUACGCACCAAGUCCAUCAUUGAGGCCGUCGUGUGCCCGUUUGGAUUUGUCAAGAAGUCUGAUGAGGAAGUUGCCAUGGGCUGUGAGCUCGCAGGCAUCGACUGCAGCGAGGGCUACGACUGCCUGUGCCAGCCGUGCAAGCCAGCGUGCCCGGCCAACGCCCGCCUCCUGAGCACGGGCGACUGCGAGUGUGAGCCUGGCUACGUCCAGCUCGGCACAGCGUGCGCCCCUGUGGCCGUGCUCGUCAUCACCAUCCUCAUCCCGCUCACAGCGUUUAUCGUCGUCAUUGUGCUAGUGGCCAUGCGCUAUCAGCAGAAGAAGGUCGACACGCUGUGGCACAUCCGCCCCUUUGAGCUCAAGUUUGAGGACCCCGUUGACGUGCUUGGCGUGGGCACGUACGGUGUGGUUGUCAAGGCCGAGUACCGUGGCACGUCCGUCGCAGUCAAGCGCGUUGGUCCACCAGACCUCCACCGCAGGCGCACGCACGCCAGCCUGGCCACCCGCGACAAGCAGGGCGUGCUGAGCCCGGCUGUGCUUGCAGGCAUUCGCGCCGCGCAGGGGUCGAGCUCCAACUUCAAGCGCAAGUCCCCAAGGAGCAAGCGCCGUUCAAAGACGUCAAGCACAGUGCUCGGGUCCAUCAAGACGCGAGAGAGGAGAGCCAUGGAGUACAUCGUGGAGGUGUUUGAUGAAGCUGCAGACCAAGCACAGGGCCACCAGUCGACAACCAGGGCCCGGACCACCAAGUCCGGAGAGCAGGGCGGACGCACGCUGUUUGGGCGCAUGCUCGGAAAGGCGAGCACACGCGCCACCCUGAUCAAGAUGAGGGACAACUUCAUUAAGGAGAUGCGCACGCUGUCCAAGCUGCGGCACCCAUGUGUGACGACGGUUAUGGGAGCGGUGAUGAUCAAAGGAUUUGAGCCGAUGAUGGUGAUGGAGCACAUGGACCUGGGAAGCCUCUACUCCAUCCUGCACAACGAAACCAUGGAGCUCGAUGGUGAAACACGGUACCACGUGACGAUCGAUGUUGUCUCUGGCUGCCGGUUCCUGCACUCCAGCGAUCCGCCCCUGAUCCACGGCGACCUCAAGUCCCUCAAUGUCCUCGUCGACUCAAAGUUCCGCGCAAAGGUGUCUGACUUUGGCCUGAGCGAGUCUGGGAGCGGUAAGGCGUGCGGCACCCCGUACUGGAUGGCCCCGGAGGUCCUGCGCGGCGAGCCAACCAGCGUCGCCUCAGACGUCUACUCCUUUGCCAUUAUUCUGUUUGAGAUCUUCAGCCGCAAGGACCCGUACCCGGCAGACACUGAUCUCGAGAACACGUUGAAAGAGGUGAUCAAGCGCAAGCGCCGUCCGCUCGUACCGGCCAACUGCCCCGAUGUCAUUGCGCAGCUGAUGCGGGAGGCGUGGCACCCCGACCCGGAUCGCCGGCCCUCCUUUGACGAGCUGGCCCGCCGCUUUGGGCACAUUGACCCCUCUGAUUGCCGUGUUGAGGAGUACAGCAAGAAGGGCAAGGACUCGAACAAGGUGCUCGAGGACGUCUUCCCGCCACACAUCGCAAAGGCCCUUCGCGAGGGCAAGAAGAUUGAGCCCGAGCACCACGACUGCGUGACCAUCUUCUUCUCGGACAUUGUGGGCUUCACCACCAUCAGCUCCACGCUCAACCCGCAGGACGUCAUGAACAUGCUCGAUCGCCUCUACACCAAACUCGACGCCCUCGCCGACGAGAUGGAGCUCUUCAAGGUCGAGACCAUCGGCGACGCCUACAUGGCAGUGACGAACCUGUUGAAGGAGCAGAAGGACCACGCUGCGCGCAUCGGCCGCUUUGCCGUUGCCGCCAUCAAGGCCGCCAACAGCACGCUGAUCAAGGAGGACGAGCCAGACCUCGGCUGCGUCAACAUCCGCGUUGGCUUCCACUCCGGCCCCGUCGUUGCAAACGUCGUUGGCACGAAGAACCCGCGAUACUGCCUCUUCGGCGACACGGUCAACACGGCGUCGCGAAUGGAGAGCAACAGCGAGAAGAACCGCAUCCACAUGUCUGAGGCCGCGGCGGAGCUGGUGUUGCAGCAGGCGCCAGACAUGCUGCUGGAGCCACGCAAGGCAAUGCACAUCAAGGGCAAGGGCAAGAUGCAGACGUACUUCCUGAUUGCAGACGACAUUGACCACGCCAGCAGCAGCGACACCGCCGCGCUGUUUGAGACGAAGCGCAAGGCGAGCAGUGGCGCCCACGACGCUGCUGACGACAUGGCUGCUGCUGAUGAGACAGUGCUGAGGGAGGCGGAAGAAGAAAGCGACGAGGCGGCAGACACCAUGGCACGCAAUGGUGAUGUUGAUGGCACCACCGAAACGGAAGCACCUGCAACGCCCAAGCGUGGACUGGAGCGCCGGGUCUCGAUUUCAAGCAUUCUGCACGUGAUCGGAGGCAACGACAAGGUCAGCAAUGACAACCCCAGAAGCGAUGCCAGAGACACAUCGCAGCUCGAUGGCAAGGGCGCAUGUGGCCCUUCGCGUUCGUUCUCGCGAACGACGAGCGAUGCCGGCGUCGCGGACAUGGCCGCCCAGUUGCGCGGUAGCGAUGGUGAAGACGACGACGACGACGACGACGAUGGUGAUGGUGCCAGUGUGAAGCUGAACUCAUGGAUGGGCAAAGCAGCGGGAAAGCAUCCGCAGCGCAAUGGCAGCGAUGCUAGCAGCGGCGGCAGCAGCAGCAGCAGCGCAGCGAGCACAAGCAACAACGGGAGCACAAGCGGGUUUGGCUCAGACGACAUUGGCCAGAGCAAGACUGACGCCCAGGGUCACAGGAUGGCAUGGACGGUGCAGGACACAUCGCUCAACGACGCCGACAACAGCGAAGUCCUCAUCUGA